AAAAAACGACGGAGAGCGUCGUAUACUUGCGAAAGGACGUCGUAUAAUCACGAGCUGGGAUACGCUGUACUAUCGUCUCCGUGCCGCGUUUGAUAGAUAUGCCAGCCCUCAUUCUUCAACAUUACCACAAGACAACCUGCCCGGUACCGCUGAAUAUCUUAGCAAUACUAAAGUUCUGGACCUUAAGCGUACCGAGAAUGAUUUGGUGAAGAUUGAGGUGACUCUUCUAGAUCAAGCCAGUAGCAAGGUGUACGAAGAGCACGCUGACAUUGUUAUCGGUGCGGAUGGCUCUAAUUCGUUCGUGCGAGGGAAGUAUAUACCUAGCGUCCAGCGCCGUUCUUCUGGAUACGUAGCUUGGAGAGGGAUUGUGCAAGAAGACCAAGUUUCUUCGGCAACACGCCAACUUUUCAACCAAGGAGUCACUCUCCACGUGAUGGAGCGCCAACACUGCGUUGCGUAUACGAUCCCAGGCGUCAAUGGCUCGGUCGAGCCUGGGAAACGGUUUUUGAAUUUCUUAUGGUAUACAAACGAAGAUGAAAUCUCCAUGGAGAACAUUAUGAUAGACGCUACUGACGGUCGCCGCCACCGAUACACUGUCCCCGCCGGGCACGUGAAGCCAGAGGUCUGGUCUGCACGCGUUGAAGAUGCGCGGCGGCUGUGUUUACCGCCGCCGUGGCUUGAGGUAAUUGCCAAGAUCGACCAGCCAUUCAUACAAGUCAUUUCCGAGUACUACUCGCCACGCGCAGUCUUUGAAGAUGGCAGAGUAUUGCUGGUAGGAGAUGCGCUGUCACUAUUCCGUCCGCACACGGGCCUAAGCGGGUCGCAGGCAGCCUUUCAUUCCAUGCAAAUAGUGGACUAUAUAAACGGAAAGCUGACGAUAGAAGAAUGGGAAAAGGAAGUACUCGGCUACUCAUACAUCCACUGGCUUCAAAGUGUAUACUUUUCGACAGAUUUAACUUGUGGUGGCAAGGAAGAUCUUUAAACAGACCUAAUGAAUUUUCCCUGUCGUAGUUAGGCUGUCCCUUGAAACGGUUUUUUUUCUAUAGCUUCUUCAUACAAAAAG